CAGAGACCGAAUGGAUUCUUUUGGUUCAAAUUCAUCUUUAUGUUUACGGUUUUGUCGUUGAAAAAGUUAGCGCACAAAUUUAAAAAACGUAAAGAAAUAGAAGAAAUAAAUGUACUUGACAGGCCCCAAAACUUAUCAGCGCAUCCAAAGGUUAGUAUCGUUACUACUAGGGUAGAAGUACCCUUUGUGGCCAGAGCUCCAGUUUUGGCCAGUUCUCGACUAAAAUAAAAAUAACAAGUUUCCCGCUACAACUAACCAAUAGACUUUAACAUGAAUCCCUACUUCUAUAUCUUUUCAUUAGCCAUGCCUUUCAUUGGUUACCGAGUACGUCGUUAUAUUUGUGAAAUUUAAUGUUUAAGGUAUAGUGCUAUGUGCGGUCCGUGUUUCUUAACCAGCGCCUUAAGAGUACAGCAGCAAUGGCUACAAAGGGAGACCGUCAGCUAUUUAAGUAUAGUGUGGAAGCAAUGGAGAAAGCGCUUCUAGCCAUAAGGGAAAAAGGAAUGGCUGUAGCAACUGCUUGUAAAGAGUUUGGAGUCCCGAGAACAUCCGUUAGGAACCGUCUGUCCGGGAAAACUUCAGAUAAUUGUAGAAAAGUUGGUCCUUCCAGUGUUCUUGGAGAAGAAAUUGAAGAAAAAAUAGUUCGCUGGAUAUUAGAUCUAGCUAAAAGGGGGUUUCCCAUAAACAGAGAAGGCUUGUAUUACUCUGUUCAGAAGAUUGUUGGAGAAUGUAAUAUAAACACUAAUUUCGUCAACAAUACUCCAAGUAGAAAAUGGUAUGAAGGUUUCAUGAAGCGCCAUCCUGAAAUCAGUCAGAAAAAGGCGGAAUUCAUAAACAGAGCCAGAGCUUCUGUUUCCGAAAAUAACAUUAAACAAUGGUUUGAAGAAACAAGGAUGCUUCUAGGCGAGGAUGUUGAAGUUUUAAAUCAUCCAAAUAGAAUAUUCAACAUGGAUGAGACUGCAAUGUUUUUGUCUCCUAAAGGAGAACUAGUUCUAGGACCGAAAGGAAAAGGAAUAUAUGACGUUGGUGCUUCAGACAAAGAUAACGUCACUACGUUAAUAACAAUUUCGGYUGAAGGCCAAAUUGUUACUCCGUUAACAAUAUUUAAGUUUCAACGUCUACCUAAAAUAUAUGCCACUUCAGCACCMUCUCAUUGGGCGGUAGGUCAUUCAGACACAGGUUGGAUGCAAAGCAAACAAUUUUUUGAGUAUUUUGCAAAUAUUUUUGUCAAAUAUUUGGAUACAAAUGAGGUGCCAAGGCCRAUAGUAGUAUUUUUAGACGGGCACUCAUCACAUCUUUCUAUCAAUCUUAGCAACUUGUGCCGUGACAACAAAAUAAUUCUUAUUUGUCUGCCUCCGAACACCACGCAUAUCCUUCAACCKUUAGAUGUUGCUUUCUUUUUUCCACUCAAGCAAGCGUGGAAAAAAUUUACAAGAAAAUGGCGUUUUGAUCAUGAAGGCAAAUCUAUUCAAAAAAAAGAUAUACCAACAGCAUUAAACGCUAUUUUAAAGGAAGAAAAAUUUCAGAAAAGUGCUGUUGCCGGAUUUCGCCGCUGUGGCUUAUUUCCGUUUGAUGAAAAUGCUGUUGAUUACGGCAAAUGUCUAUUAAAAACUAGUAGCAGUACAUCUCUAAAUACAAAUAACAUUACCCAACAAGAAAUGAACAUCAGUGAAACCAUAGCAAAUGUUGAGAAAAAAAUUGAAUCCCAUAUUCUUGAACAAUUCCAUGCUACCUACUCAUUGAAACAACCUUGGAAUGGACAAGAAAAGUAUCUAGCUCUUUUCGAUUUAUGGAGGUCUUUAAAAUAUGACAGUGACAACUUAGAAGAUGCGACUAUGAACCAGUUAGAAAAUGAUCCGGAUUUAUUAAUUUUUGAUUUUCCUGAACUUCAUGAAAAUCCAACACCAGCGAUUAACAUUCUACAAAAUAUUGUAUUAACAUCAAGCGAAGAACAAAUUGGUUUUUCUACACUGUCACUAUCGCCGUCCAGUCACGAAACUGAAAAUUUAGACAACACAGAAUUUGGAGGUGAUACACAAGAAGACAAAUACCUUGAUUUGAUUAACGGAAACUUGAAACUUGAUAGCAAUUUGACUGUACCUGAAGAAAAAAAAGUGGAUGUGAAUGUCAAUGUGGUAUCAGAACAAACUGAAAUGGAUAGCUGUUCACAUAAUGAUAUUAGAAACAAUAUAACUUCUUGCAACAAUGAAAUUGAUAGUACUGAUAAGGAAUGGCACGAAAACGUGAAACUGUUGAAGAAAAAAAGCGUAAGUGAAGUUUUAAAUGAAGUGAUUACAUGGCCUGAAAACAAAGAUAAAUCGAUUGAUAAUACGACUACUAAGAGGAUUAAAAGAAAAUUACCUUCUGUGAUCACUUCUGAUAAAUGGAUUGAAUUAAUGGAUGCGAAAGAAAAUGACAAAAAGAAACCCAAAAAGACCAAACAAACUAAGYUCAAAAAUGAAUCAAAAGGUAGCUGUGACGUUGAAUACAAGAAGACUGAAAAUUUAGAAAACAGUAAGACUGACACUAACCAAAGAAUACAAAACAAUGAAGUUGAUGAAAAGAUCAUCUCAGUUGGAUGCUAUGUAAUUGUUAGGUAUGACAAGAAUUAUUAUCCCGCAAAAGUGGUGAAUAAAGAACGAGAUCAAUUUUACUGUUGCGCCAUGCACAAAAGUGGCAGAGAUCAUUGGAAAUGGCCUGACAGAAAYGAUUUAGUUUGGUAUAACGCUGAUGACGUUAUUUCAAAAAUUAAAGAACCCGUUUCUAUAAAUAUGCGAGGAGCAUAUGAUGUACCCGAAAUGAGAGAAUUUGAUUUUUAAAUUUUUUAUAUAUUCAUCUAUAUAUGCUAAAAAGUUUUUUGUUCUCAUGUCUGUGUGAUCAAACGUAAUUAUAGAGUUUGUUCAGUUUGUUUUUUUUUGUAUGUUUAUUUUGAUUGUUUUUUUUAUAUUUUUGUAUUUUUGUUAUAACUUACUUAACUAUACUACUAUACUACAUAAAUAAUACCUACUACGUACUAAGUAUAAUAAAUAAACUUUAUUUUAAUAAUGUUACUCCAGCAUUUUUUUGAGUAAAGACUAUGGCCACAACAGGAACAAGUGAUGGCCACAACUAGUGUUAACGUGGCCACAAAUGGUGAUUUUGGACUUUUUCAAGUAAAUAAUUAAUUUCUACACUAAAACGCGUUCUGUCUUUUUUUUACAUGCUUACUUCUGAUUAACGGGUAAAAAUUCUUUCACGUUCCGCUAGCUAUUUCAAAAUUCAUUAAAAAUUAUUAAAAUGACUAAACCAUGAAGUCAACAAAUGUCUUAAAGUGGCCACAAUUGGUACUCUUACCCUACCUACAAAAAUUAAUUAUUAGUCUAGGCUAUUGACGCUGUAUAUUUCAAUGGGGCUAACAAAAACGGUGAUUAUUUGGUUGUUGGCACAGCCCGACGUAAAAAAAAAUUAGUGGAUGGUUUUCUCUAUUUGCUGAUUAAAAAUUCGGGU